ACCAGAGUGCUUCUCCAGCCACUUGUGGAGAAUCUGACCUUGCAUUUUCUCUCUCAGGUCUCUGAUGAACUGGUUGAGAGCUUGAGCAAGCAAGGGCUGUGGAGGUAGUUAGGGUCUGGCACUUGUUUUUCAUGAACUUAAAGUCCUGUGGGUUUUACUUUUCCCCCAUCUACGCCCCUUUCCUUAACUUUCUUUUAACCUACACAUAGCAAAACAACACCAAGUCUAUUCUCAUUAAAAUGAGAAUUACCAGCAGCAGUUGUUGUUUUGUUUUUUAAGAAAAUUAAUAUCAAUCAUGAGGAGAGGGAGAGAAAAAACAUGGAAAGACUUGUUCUCACUGACAAGCUUGUUUUGACAGGCGUCCUUCAGUCAGCAUGAUGAUUUUGUACCUCCAUCCAACACAUGCACUCACUCUUGCUGGGCUGUGCAUCUGAUGGCUGUCUCACCUCUCAGCCCCUUUCUGCGGGAUGCCCCAGCUGCAAGACAGGUGCAAUUCUCUGCACUGAACAGAGCAAAACUCACUGGAAGUUAAAGCUAAGCAGUAGGAUAUCUGCAAGUACCAUCUCUGGUGACAUUUGCAUUGGUCCCAGGUGUGUGCAUUACGGGCACCUUUUGGCUUUUGUGCUCUUCCAUGAUUGCUCUCUGGGCAUUCUCCUUUAACAGACCUGGGUAUCCGGUCCUGCCUUCCAGCCACGAUCCUUUUGAUGUGCUCUGCUCAGCAUAGGUUUUACUUUCCCCCAGGAGCAGCACCAACUCUGUGGGCAACCAUGGUACUGCAUCACCCAGCCAGGCUAUGAGCACAGGAGGCAUCUGAAAGCACCAAGAAAUAAGUCAGGUUGCUAAUCCUGGGAGGAUUUAGUAAAAACACUUAUCUGAGAAGCUAAGUGCAAGUUCACUGGCCUGCCAGAGAAAUAAUCCAGUGGAAUCAGAGGUUCUCAAUUAUUCAUGUUUUUCCAGAAUCACAUUAUUUAUUCCAGGGGCUGUUUUAUAAAUGCUGCUGCUAUUUCUGAUAGUAAAUAACAAUUUUGCAUUAUUUAUGAACAGAUUUUUACAACUGCUGAUAUUACAGCUGCUGCCAAAGCUCUGGGAAAAUUAUUAUUGCUGUUUGUUGUUGUCUGUUGCUUCCUUCUUACAAUGCAGCCCUGUUGUUCUUUACAUGAUGAUGCGGCCGUCACGGUGAGACGAGAAGCUGAGUGUGAAUGCAGGCAGUGACUCACGUUAGCAGUGAGCUUGUGGUGGUGCUUGGGGCUGAGAGGAGUGGGGAAAGAACCCCAGGCCUUGGUUAAAUUUGAAGAUGAGGGGAUGCUUGGAAGGAAAGCAGCAUGUCUGGGUAGCACAGAGAUGCCUGCUCAAUUGACAGGCAGGUCCUAGAGCAUCUCCAUCAUCCAACAUGGCCCAGCAGUGAGCUAACUUGAAAUGCAAGUGCAAGAGGAGUGAGCUCCUAGCUGACGGUUUAAAGAUGAUCUCUGUCCUUGGAUGGGUUUGUGCUCAUGGGUUUGUGGAACUGGAAGUGAGCAGGGGCAGGUGUCUGCUUGCACUCCUAAGGCAGGAUGUUCUCUAGGGACUGUUAGCACUGCUUCUGCUCAUCAUUUAUUUCAGAUGAUGCCCCACAGAGAAAGAAAAUACCCUGCACCUAUCUGUCAUGGUUGCACUCCUGAAGACAUGCUUCUUUGUUGUUCUCUCCAAUAUGGAGGGGAGUUAGUGGAGAGGAUCUAAGACAGGUUUGCUGAUGAGACAUUUUCAUUUGCAAGUAUGUUCAGUUGGAACUGCCUCUGUCCCAGCUUCAACCCAGCUGGGAAGAGUGUGGAGGAGAGGGAGAAGGGCUGUCCAUGUGGAAUACUGCAGGGUAGCCAGGAUAGAGACACGUGGCCAGUGCUCGUGCUGUCACAGCAUUACACUGCAGUGCUGGAAGCCUUCUGAAUGGUUUGUUUGUUGUUGGUUCUGCUGCCCCUAUGCACUGGGGAGCAAGGUGAAGUGUCAGCAGGCAGUUACUGCAAGAGCCAUGGACUGCAGGUGGCUGUGAGCUGCUGCAUCUGGCUGUCGCUCGUUUCGGUCUUGUGUCUCAGUACAGGGCUGUGACUGCAGAGAAAGCAGUGAGGAGCUGUGUGUGGUCUCUGCCUGGAUACGUUGCCUCUGGAUGCAUCCUGGGAGCCAGCAGGGUAAGGAGAUCUUUUCCAUCGUGGUGUUCGGCUCCAUUGUGAAUGAGUGCUAUGUGAACAAGGAUGGCACAGACCCUGAGCUACAUUGCAUCUUCAAUGAGAAUGAGAGUGCCUGCAGCUAUGGCAUUGCCAUUGGCAUUAUUGCCUUCUUCGGAUGCAUCUUCUUCCUUGUUGUGGACCUCCAGUUCCAGCAGAUCAGUAGCGUGAAGGACCGCAAACGAGCUGUCCUGCUGGACCUGGGCUUUUCAGGUUUCUUGUCCUUCCUUUGGUUUGUAGCCUUCUGCUUCCUAGCAAACCAGUGGCAGCGGACAACAAUGAGCAAAGGGGCUUCGCAAGGAGCAGAUGCUGCCCGGGCAUCAAUUGCCUUCUCCUUCUUCUCCAUCAUCGUCUGGGUCGCACUGGCACUGAAGGCCCUGCAGCGGUACCGCCUGGGCACCGACAUGUCGCUCUUUGCCACCGACCAGUUUGCCACCGACCCCAAUGCUGCGUAUCCCGGGUACCCCACUGGCAGUGGCAUUGAGAGCACAGAGACCUACCAGAGUCCCCCGUUCACCGAGACCUCGGACGCCAACCCGAAAGGUUACCAAGUGCCAGCAUACUGAGGGAGGAGGGCGUGCGGCCGUGUACAAAUAGACCGAGUCCUAUGGUGCAGUACAGUUAACCGGUUGAUUGCAAAUGUAUUCAGUACCAUUUCCUUAAUGUGGCAAGUCAGUGCUGGGUUCCUUACUAUUAGCUAGUUGUGCAGUGAAUUCUGUACAGUGGUAUUGGUUCUUGUCUUACCUGUCCAAGGGUUUUAUAAAAGCAGUGUUCCCUCUAAGUCGGAAGAAAGAAGGUCGCUACUCCAUGUGGCAGAAGAUAAGUCAGUACCUUCUUCGAGGCUUGUUUUAGCACCACUGGGCACUAGGUGCCACAGAGUGCCUGGGAAAGCCAAAAAUACCUUUUCCUGUUAGAAAACAAGGUAGCUGAUGAGUUGUUCAUCUCGUUCUUCCAGAGCUAACACAGAUGUGGCCUCAUUGCGGUGAGGGGGGCUGCAGCUGGGGCGGUUGAUCCUGGCCUAGUCCCACUCCUGGCAGAGCUUUCAUGUACAGCACAGAGAGCAGAGGCCAUGGAAAGUGCCAAAUUUACAAAGAAAAAAGUGGUGUCUGUGUUACUUUUAUUUGUAUAUAUUUAUUGUACAAAAAAACACGACCAAACGGGUGUUUCAAACAUAGUUCAGGGUGCGGGGGGACAUGGGGGCACAGAAGUUUGGGUUCUAUCUUGAAUAUCCAAAUAGCUUCUAUGCUUCCAUGCGGUUUUGGUUGAGGAUACAGAAAGUUGUGUUUGAAACUUGCUUUGGAAAAGAAUUUAGCAAUAGUUGUCUGCUAAUUAGAAAUAGGCUUUUAUCAGUGGAAAAUAUGGCGUGUUACAGUUCCACUUCAUUGUGGGGUUGUUGAAGUUUGCAAAUUUCCAAACAGUUCUGAUUGGCAACACUGAACUCUUGCUCACCCUCAGACCCAGAGCUGCCAACACAAAAGGUGUGGGUGCCUCAGUGACUCAAAUUCUAAGUCAAUUAGGAAGCAGAUUGUAACUUGUGUUUUUCUACUGGGAGCAGCCACCAUCUGUCGUAAUUGCAGCAAAAUCCUCAGGUGUAAAUGUGUGUGUUGCACUGCAGUCCCUGGUGAUGCAGAAUUCAAAGCAAGCACCGAAAGGACUCGGUGGGCUUUGAAGUCUGUUGUGGGGGUGCACGUGGCACACGUUUGCCCAUCGUGGGAGAAUAGAAUGGAUGAUAAACGCCCGAGGACGAGGCUGUUUGGUUUCCAGCAGCAGAAUUACAGCCUUGUUAAUACCAAGUCAAUCUGAAAAGUGCAGCAGAUGCUCAUCAGUGGCUGACGUGCUGGGUGUGCAGUGGCUGUGAGCAGAGCUGGGUGCUGCUGAGGACAGAGCACGGUGGCUGAGAGUCCUCCUGGCCCCCCUCCUCACCUGGCUGCAGGGGUCCUUCGCUGCACUGUUGUUGCUGGCAGAGCUGUGUGUUGCCUUCUGACCUCACAAGCAAUAGAUAAAUGACUGCCCCAGCUGUUCUUGUAGCAAAAAAAUCCAGCAGUUUUUUGUCAUCAUCAUUAGCACAGCUCAUUUCUGCUGCUAAAUAGCAAAUAAAUGCAUUAAUUAAUAAGCAGCAAACCUCAUCACAGGCAGUCGUUAUCGGUGACAAAAUGCAUAACUUGAAUACCCCACUAUUCAGGUCAGAUUAAAACUUGCAUUUACAGUGAGUGCUGGCUUUCCUGGAUCUGGAUCUGCCUGGCAGCACCCAGUGCUGAUGGAGCUGUGCGGGCAUUUCCCAGCUCAGACACUUUUCCUGCAGAGCCCAACCCUCCGUGUGUGGUGACAAAGGGACCUGGCAUCCCUUACAGCUUUUCCUUACAGUGACAACUCCACAGCAUCUCCCCAGUACCUUUGCCAUCCACUCUGAAGUGAACUUAGUAUUAGGAAGAGCUCAGCCCCGCUGCCAGCAUAGCUGCUCCCUGCAGCAACAGGAUGCUGCACUGCUCAUGGAGGAGGCACCUGGAGCUGAUGCAAGAAGCAAGAAAGGUGCCCUGGGGGCGUCUGCUAUCAGCCUGUGCUGGUUGAGGUAGGUGAGCAGUGAGAAAUUUGUGCACUGAGUGGGGACACCCAAACCCCAGUAGAGUAUAAGCCUAAGUUAAUUCUCUAACCCUUGUGAUUUUUCUAGAGCCAGUCUUGAUGAAAAUAAAAGGGCAAAAGAUAUUAAUACAGGGUACAGUAGAACUGUAGCAAUAUUUUCCUUAGAGGGAACACUGAAAUUUUAGCAGCACAAACAGUACUUGUGUUAAUAUUUUAGUAAAAUUAUAAUCAAUUUAAAUGUUUAAAUUGAUUGUAUGUGAGAUAAUGUUUGUUCAGUACAUUGUAUCUUUUCUAACUAUAUAACUGUUCCAGAGUUUCCUUGUAACUGUAAAGAACUAAAGUUCUGUCUGACUGCGAGAAGUGUCCUGGUCAGUGGUGUAAACGUGCUGAAUAUUACAACAUCUGAAUGUACGCACCCCAGGCCUACAUUGCAUUUCUUUUCUUUCCACCCCUCCCACCCGUGGCUGUGGGACAUGGAUGCACAUCCCCACGCCGUCCCUGACCUGAGAGCAGCCACUACGGCAUGGGGGCAGCAGCACAGCUGUGACUUCAUCCCCAGGCCGGGCAGCGUCGUUCUUCUCAAGGUCAGCUUCUUCUUGCAGUCAUUUCUCCCCAGAAUGUGUUAUUAUGUUUAAAUUCUGCUUGGCGCUGUGCGUGAGGACCUGGAUGUGCUGCACUCAGCAGAAGAGGAAGGGGCUUUGGUGGCUGGGUUUCCUGGCAGGGGUGAGGCAGAGCAGGAGCUGCUCCAUGGCCGUGGUCUGGCUGCUGCCAGAGAAACCUCCCCCUGCUCCGGGUGCUGCUGGGGCAGCAGGAGCCGGCAGACAUCCCUCAGUUGGUGCAGUUUUUGCAGGUCAGCACAGUCAUUCCUCAGUCUACAUCAGGGUGGGAAAAAGUGUAAUUAAGGUGGCACUGCGACACCUAAGAUACUCAUGCCUUGGAAACAGCAGUCAGCCACCUUGAAAGAAAAACAUUUCCUGGUUUGUUGGCGACUGUUGCUCAGCUCCUGUGUAAUUCCUCAUCCCCCAGGCUGGUAGCACAAGGCCCUGCUGAAUUAAAACCUUAAUUAAGGAAGCGUGAGACAUCAGCCCUCUCCCUGGCAGUGAUGACUCAUGCCUACCCCUUGCACAGCGUCCUGUUUCCAAGCACUUUGCAAGGCCCUGCAGUGCUCCCACUGUCUGCUCUGUGUUACCAGUGCUGUCUGUUAACUGUUACAGCAUCUUCAUGAUGGGUCAGUCAGACUGUGUGUGCAGGUAUGGGCUGUAACAGCAGAAUUAUUGGAUCCCUGCAGUAUCUCAUUCAAGGUUCAGACUGUCUUAGCAUCACUCUUUCAUACUUCUUUCACCCACUUUUUUUCUCUCUGUAAGUUCACUGUGGUACAGUGGACAGUAGCUGCUUUCCUUGUAACCCUGCAGACCAGCCCUUACAGACAUGCCAGCAUUUUGCUGCAAAUCCAUGCCCUGCUGGCUGCUAGCCCCAUGCUGCUCUCAGAAGCCAUUGUAGAGUCCUCCAGAAAUCUUGCAGCUGACCAGGCUGCCCUCAGCCUCACGUGCUGACAGCUCCUGUGUAGUGUCAGGGCUGAAUUUCAACAUAGACUAUGAGCAAGCCUGUACCUUUUCUUCCUGGAGAUUUAUUCUACUAGAUCCUUGUGCUCAAUGAGGCUCUGUUGGGACAACACAGGCAUUUCUCAGCAUUGAAAUUAAACCACAUUAUGGGUAGUUUUGUUUGUUUGUUUUUGCAUGAACUUAUACUUUAAACCCAUUAGAAAAGGAUUUGAAAUAAAGACAUUAAUUGGAAAUUGCUCCCGGCAUCGUAAGCUAUUCCUAGCAAGGUAGAAGUUUUGUUUAACCAACACUCAGCAAAAUCAUCUCCCCAACAAUGUGCUUCACCAUCUCCUGCAGUUUAACCAUGUCCAUGAGCAGUUGGAUUUCACUUGCUGUUUUGGUGAGGCACUUUGUAAGAUGAGUUUCCCAUUGGGCAAUCUGCAGGUAGCAGCACAGCACUGCUGAGUUCAUGCUACAACAGUGACAGCUCUGGCAUCUCUGCUUUUUCCAUUGGCUGCUCUUUACUGGGGGAUAUCAGUCCCCUUCCCUCUCCUCUACAGCACUGUCCCAUUCCCCAAACUCACACCUACUGCCCUUCUGCCCGCUGCAGCCAUGAGAGCAGUUGAAUAGAAUUAAGCCAACUGCGAUCAUUGUCUAUUCAUUAGUAAAAGUGUAGAAUCAAUAUUCCUCUCUCUAAAAGCUGUGUAAUAUUUGCAGACUUCCUUUCAGCCUUCUUUGUCUUCCUGGGGAGAGCAGACAAGUCGAGUUCCACUCUGUUUUAUCCAUAAUGCUACUCUAGAUUGCAUUUAGAAGCUGUGUGUCAACCUCCCACCACCCAUGAGGCUCAGACAUGGCCUUCGCUGUCCCAACUUGAAACCCAAGUUCAGCUGCCUGUAUUUUGUUGCAAUAUGCAUUUAAACCUCAGAUUCUUUAUAAGUUUUAAUAACAACCAGAUACCAAAUGUGGUUUGCAAAUUUAAGUUCUUUUGCAGAUACCUCUGUAUGAGCAGACCGCUUCCACGAGUUGCAGUUGUCACUAACCUUACGUGGAUUGUAGUAUAAAGUGGACUGUGUAUGGAAAUAAGUUAAAAAUGUUUACAACUUUUGUAUAUAUAUAUAUAUAAAUAUAUAUAAAAAAAUAUCUUUUGAGAGAGCAAUCUGUGAUGAUGUAUUUUCAGUGUCUGUGUACC